AUGAAGGUCUACGGUACCGUAAACAACACCAGUUCUAUGCAUGGAAAAGAAGACGCUCCGUUGCUCUCGAAAUCAUCGAAUGAUGGAACAAAAGGUUCCAAUUUCAAGAGACUCGUCGGCGCGACGUUGCUCGCCUCCGGCUGCGCGUUUGCCAUCGCCUCUGGUUCGAACAGGAUCUCUAAUGGCGUGGGUAGUUCUGCGUUAAGACUCGGGGACGCGUUGGACGAUGCCAAAGCUGAAGCGGCAAAGAUUCGCUCGGAAGCGGAAAACUGCAAGGAAAAAUCCGAUUGCGUGGAAGAAGCGGGAGCGGAGAUCACGGAAUCCUUGGACGAAUUCGCGGAUACGAUGACGGAUUUGGGCCGAGACGCGAACGCGAUGGUACAAGGCGUGACGGCAAUGACGGAAGCGAUGGAUAAGUUGAAAGCGGCGACGCACGUCGGCGAACUCGGAUCGACGGAGGAUGUCGUCGGGGACGUCACGGAUGCGGUUGAAGGCGCCGGGGCGACGGUUACCGACGCCGCAACGGACGCCUCGAAGUCCAUUCAAGACGGCGUCAAGCACACGAUUGAAGAUUUGCAAACCGCCGUGGCGAAAGCGCAAGCAGAAGCCGAACAAGCGGCGACGGACGCGCAAGCGUGCACGGAAGACGUGGAAACGUGCUGGGGAAAAGCAGUCGACAAGAUGCAAGCGGACGUGGCGUUGGCCAAGGUCAAGGCGCAAUUGUGGGAAGCCAAAGCCGCGCAAGCGGCGAAAGAUGCGGUCGAACCGGCGCAAGAGUGCGUCGGCGACGUCGCCGCGUGCGCGAAGAAAGCGCAAGACGACGCCGCGCAAGCCGCGCAAGACGUUGAAGCCGCCGCCAAGCAAACCGGCACGGACAUUCAAGUGUGCGCGUCGGACGUCCAAGACUGCUUCCAGCAAGCACAAGCGAAAGCACAAUCGGACAUUGAAAAGACGACUUCUGAUUUGAAAAAGUGCGCAACUUCCGCGUCGGAUUGCUUCACUUGCUUGACGGAAACCGAUCCGGCGGCGUGCGUCUCCGCGUUGCCGGCGCCGGGCGCCAAGUCGCAACUCGGCACCAACGACGUCUUUAUGGACAUCCAAGCCGCGUUUGAAGACGCCAAGGCGAAAACCGAAGCGGCCGGUGCGGACUGGCAAGCGUGCGCGUCUGACGUUGCUACGUGCGCCACGGACACCGAGGCCAAGGCCAAAGCCAAGUUGGAAGCGGACGCCGCGAUGGCGAAAGCCAAGGCGGAAAUGAUGAAAGCCGCGGUGACCAACGGCGUCACCGCUGGUAUGGCUGAGUUUUCCGAGUGCACCGGUUCUUCCGACGCGAUUGCCGCCUGCGCGAACGCGAAGGUUGAGCAAGCGCAAGCGGAUGCCGAAGCGGCGAAGGGCGACGUCGAAGCGUGCGUCGCUGACGGUCAAGCGUGCAUCGAGAAAGCCACGUCUGACGCGAAGGACACGUUGGGUUUGCUCGGCUGCGACGACAAACCGGAGGACAGCGAUUUGAUGGCCAAAACCUCCGCGGAAUUGGAAGCGGACGUUGCUAAGUUCAAAGCCGACGCCGAAGCCACCGGUGCGGAGUUGCAAGCCUGCGCCGAUGACUUUGAAACGUGCGGCGAGAAGAUGAAGGCGAAGAUGACCGCGGACGCCAAAAUGUUGCAAGCGAAAGCGGCUUUGAUGGCGAAGCAAGUCCAAGAAGGUACCACGGCGUCUUCCGAACACUUUCAAGAGUGCGUCGGCGACGUCGACGCCGUCAAGGAGUGCAUCUCGGCUGACUUGGAAGCCGCGAAAGCGAAAUCUGACGCUUCGUGGGCGAAGUUGCAAUCUUGCACUUCCUCGAUCGACUCGAUGCAAUCGUGCUUCUCCGAAAUGGGCAGCGAUGUUACCGAUACUUUCUCUUUAGGUACCGCAGACGCCGGAGAGCAACUGGAAUCUGCCUUCGCGGACGCGCAAGCGAAAGCUGAUGCCGCCGGAGCUGAAUUUAAAUCCUGCGUCGGCGAUGUCGUCGCGUGCGGUGCUAAAAUGCAAGCCAAGAUGCAAUCGGACGCGGAAGCGUUGCAAGUGAAAGCGGAAUUGAUGACGAAACAAAUGCAAGAAGACGCGACGGCGAACAGCGUGCACUUUCAACACUGCAUCGGCGACGCCGACGCCAUCAAGGAGUGCGUGACUGCGUCAGUCGAGAAAGCGCAGGCUGACGCCAAAGCUGCCGGCGACAAGAUGCAAUCCUGCGCCAUGGACUUGCCGUCCUGCUUCGAACAGAUGGGCAACGACGUCGAGGAUACCUUCUCCUUGGGUGCAGAAGAUAUGGUUGCGAAGCGUAGAGAAGAGUUGGAAUCGACCGUCGCCAAGUUCAAAGCCGACGCCGAAGCCGCCGGCGCAGAGUUGCAAGCCUGCGCCGGUGACUUUGCCGCGUGCGGCGAGAAGAUGAAGACGAAGAUGGAAGCCGAUUUCGAAUUGGCCAAAGCGAAAGCCGCGUUGAUGCAAAAAGAAGUCGAGGAAGGCGCCACGGAGCUCUCUGAGAACUUUUCCGAGUGCACCAGCGACGUUCCGGAGUGCACCACGAAAGCGGUCGAAGACGCGAAAGCCGACGCGGAGAAGAACGGAAACAAAUUGAAAGAGUGCACCGCGUCUGUGUCCGCCAUGAAAUCGUGCUUCGAAGAGCUCGGCGAUGGAAUCACCAUCCCGUCGUCUUCGUUAGGUUGCGAAGCGGAACAAGCCGCGUUCGAUGCCGCCAAAUCCGAAGCCCAAGCGGCGGCGGAAAAGGUGAAAUCCUCCUGCGACCCGCAGUCUGAGGCGCAAGACUGCUUGGCCUCGUUAGUCGAUGCCGCCAAGGCGGACGCCGCGGCGGCCUCUGCCAAGGUUGCCUUGAUGGCUGAGCAAGCGAAAGAUACCACCACUGGCGUCACGGACGACAUGGUUGCCAAAUCCAAAGAAAUGGCGGCUCAAGUGCAAGCGAAGUUUACGAAGUGCACCGCGGACCCGUCCUGGGAGACCUGCAAACCGGAAGCGCCUCCACAAGCGGCGUUGUUGGGUGGCAGCAUUACCGACGACAUCCAAGAGUGCUUCAAAGACAUUCCGGAGUGCUGGAACAAGCUCGUCGCCAAGGUGAAGGGCGAUGCGGAAGAAGCGCAAGAGAAAGCGGAAGAGGCGGAGCAAAACGCCGAAGAAGCGGCGGAACAAGCGAAGGAUGACGUAUCCUCUGCGGCCAAGGAGACGGCCGCGAAGGUGCAAGAUGAGGCGGACACGUUGAAGGCGGAGGCGGAAAAGUUGGCGAAGGAGGCGGAGGAGUGCGCCGCGGACCCGCAAGCGUGCUUUGCCAAGUUACAAGGACGAUUACAGUAA